AUGAGUUUCUUAUCCAAACUUUCUGCGUUGAAAAAGUCGACACCUCCAGGUACUUCUCCUUCAUCAAAGAAGGAAGCACUUCCCCAAAACACGCUGGCUGAACACAUAUCGUUGCUCCCUCAGAACUAUACACGAGAUGAUGAUCCAGCCGUAAGAAGAUUAAAAGAACUGAGGAGGCAAGAACGUCUUAAAAAUGGAGAACUAGAGAAGAAGAAACCGAAACCACGUCGCUCACCAGGUUCCUCAUCUGGUUCAAAAUCUACUCGGAAAAGAGAUAAUGAUGAUGUGGAAGGGAGUUUAGGAACAGUAUACAAGAAAAAGGUGGGGAGUUCUAAUGCUAAGUUGGUACCAGUUAGAUCUCUUACUAAGAAACUCGAACCAAUCAAAAAACUAUCUUUUGAAGAAUUGAUGAAGCAAGCAGAAUCUAACAGUAAAGGAGGCUCACCUGAUAAUACGGCAGUUAAAGUUACUGCUUCUAUAAAAAAGACGCGACCUCCACCUAGGAUAUCAAAGCCAGGCUUCAAAAGUUUCAAAGAAAGGAAGACAACAGCUUCGAAAUCUACAUCUACCGUUAAUAACAAGUCAAAGCCAGAAUUCUCAAGGAACCAUCCAAACGGUCGUCAUUUAAAAGAACAAUCAGCUGUCAAAUUGAAAAUACCAAAGAAUAUUGUUGCACAACCUAACCGAAUGAUUAAACAAAAAUUAGAAUCCAAGAGACGUACCUUGGAGUCUAAAUAUAGCAAUCGUCGUGGAAGAUAUGAAGAUCAGUACGACGAUGAUAUGGAUGAUUUCAUAGAAGAUGAUGAAGAAGAAGAAGAAGAAAAUUACAGAUCCAAGUCACGUCGUGACGAAAGACCCUGGUUAUGA